AUGUUGCGUUCCGCUCCACCGCAGGAUCUGUGGAUUCCACUAUUUGCUGCAGGCGCAUACCUGCCCCCCUUGCAGCAGGUGUUUCAAGCGCCGCGUCGGCCCGGGAUAGGAACCGUUGGGAAGCCCAUCAAGCUCUUAGCCAACUACUUUGAAGUGGACAUUCCCAAGAUUGAUGUGUUUCAUUAUGAAGUGGACAUCAAACCCGACAAAUGUCCACGCAGAGUCAACAGGUCUUCUCCCCCGCAGCUGCAGAUUGAUGUGUUUCAUUAUGAAGUGGACAUCAAACCCGACAAAUGUCCACGCAGAGUCAACAGUCCCCUUCCCUUCCGCACCCAGGUUGACUUUGAGGUGACGAUCCCAGGGGAAGGCAAGGACAGGAUAUUUAAGGUCUCUAUCAAGUGGAUGGCGAUCGUGAGCUGGCGCAUGCUCCAUGAAGCCUUGGUGAGCGGGCAGAUCCCCGUCCCCCUGGAGUCUGUCCAGGCGCUGGAUGUUGCCAUGAGGCACCUGGCUUCCAUGAGGUACACUCCCGUGGGCCGCUCCUUCUUCUCCCCCCCCGAAGGCUAUUACCACCCCCUGGGAGGCGGCAGGGAGGUCUGGUUCGGUUUCCAUCAGUCGGUCAGGCCUGCCAUGUGGAAGAUGAUGCUCAACAUUGAUGUGUCGGCGACGGCCUUCUACAAAGCGCAGCCCGUCAUCGAGUUCAUGUGCGAGGUGCUGGAUAUCCGGAACAUAGACGAGCAGCCGAAGCUCCGGCGCCUGUGGCGGCGCGCACCCGGCCCCGCUGCCCCCCUCGCUUUAGCAUCCGUUCUUCCAGCCCCCUUGGGCUUGGUGCAUCCUUCGUGUCCUACCUCUGCCAGGUUUCCCCUGCAGCUGGAGAGCGGUCAGACAGUGGAGUGCACAGUGGCUCAGUACUUUAAGCAGAAAUACAACCUGCAGCUGAAAUACCCCCACCUACCCUGUCUCCAGGUUGGCCAGGAGCAGAAGCACACGUACCUGCCCUUGGAGGUGAGUGCCAGCUCUGCGCCGCUGGGGCCCAGCUCCUGGGCGCCGUGCGAAGCAAAGGCGGCGGUCUCCGGCCUUUGCUGCCAGAGGCAUGACCGUAGUCUGCAGCUGAUGUGCCGUGGGCCCUGCCCGCCUCGGUGUUCACCUGCAGAGAGCCGUUUCUCAGAAGCGAGGGAUCUGGGCGCUGCGUGGGUGAAGCAGUUGGUCUCAUUCCCUCCCACUGGCCCUUCCUUCCCUCUGCAGAUGAAGAAUGCCAGCUACAACCUGGAUCCGUACAUUCAGGAGUUUGGCAUCAAGGUGAAAGAUGACAUGACGGAGGUGACAGGGAGGGUCCUGCCGGCACCCAUCCUGCAGUAUGGAGGCAGGAACCGGGCCAUUGCAACUCCCAACCAAGGCGUGUGGGACAUGCGAGGGAAGCAGUUCUACAACGGCAUUGAGAUCAAAGUCUGGGCGAUUGCUUGCUUUGCCCCGCAGAAGCAGUGUCGAGAAGAGGUGCUGAAGAACUUUACGGACCAGCUGCGCAAGAUCUCCAAGGACGCGGGGAUGCCGAUCCAAGGCCAGCCCUGUUUCUGUAAAUAUGCCCAAGGUGCAGACAGCGUGGAGCCCAUGUUUCGACACCUCAAGAACACCUAUUCAGGGCUUCAGCUCAUCAUUGUCAUCCUGCCGGGCAAAACGCCGGUGUACGCUGAGGUGAAGCGCGUUGGGGAUACCCUCUUGGGAAUGGCCACACAGUGCGUCCAGGUCAAGAACGUGGUGAAAACCUCCCCGCAGACCCUUUCCAACCUCUGCCUCAAGAUCAACGUCAAACUCGGCGGGAUCAACAACAUCCUUGUGCCUCACCAGCGCUCUGCCGUCUUUCAGCAGCCGGUGAUCUUCCUCGGGGCUGAUGUCACUCACCCGCCGGCAGGAGAUGGGAAGAAACCCUCCAUAACGGCCGUCGUGGGCAGCAUGGACCCCCCCCCCAGCCGGUACUGUGCCACGGUGCGCGUGCAGCGUCCUCGCCAGGAAAUCAUCGAGGACUUGUCCUACAUGGUGAGGGAGCUUCUCAUCCAGUUCUACAAAUCCACUCGCUUCAAACCUACCAGGAUCAUCUUCUACCGCGACGGCGUUCCCGAGGGGCAGCUCCCGCAGAUCCUUCACUAUGAGCUCUUGGCAAUCCGAGACGCCUGCAUCAAACUGGAAAAGGAUUACCAGCCUGGCAUCACUUACAUCGUUGUCCAGAAAAGGCAUCACACCCGCCUCUUCUGCGCGGACAAGAACGAGCGGAUUGGGAAGAGUGGGAACAUCCCAGCGGGAACAACAGUAGAUACAAAUAUCACCCACCCUUUUGAGUUUGACUUCUACCUGUGCAGUCAUGCAGGCAUUCAGGUACCGUGCUCCAAGCUGAUGAUGUGCGGCGAGGGCAGCCAUAUAUCUGGACAGAGCAACGGCAGAGACCCCCAAGCCUUGGCGAAGGCUGUGCAGGUUCAUCAGGACACUUUACGUACCAUGUACUUUGCUUGAAAGCCUAACUUUUGUUACCUCACUCAAGAAAGCUUUCAGAUUUGUAGGAGCCAUACAAAAAAGGAAGCAUUGGGACACCUUGUUUUUUUUCCAAUGAGAAAUCACUGCAGGGCAGGCAGCGUCGAUUUGAGGCAGGAGACCAGCACCACGGGACAGAAAGAUCCAACACCUUUGUAGGAUUGGAAGAGACUGAUUAUUUUUUUAAUUUUUCUGGCUUUGCAAAAUUUUGACCUGACCAAACACGUGAAGGCAUUUAAGGAAGGGAUAAAACUUCCAGGAGGCAGAAGCAGGUUUUCAUUUUUAAGAUGCAAUACUAUAGACUCCUGACUGUGAAAUGGCGGAUUUGGUCCUCCGUUGCCCACCAGGCGCUGGUAGGUAUUUUUUGUGGGGUUGGGGGGAGGGGAUUUUUAGAGCCUUAAAACAGAAGACUAGAUUUAUAAAACUAAUAUUUUAGAAUAUGAGAUGCUUUAAUGGGUUAAGGGGAAAAACAACUAGUUUAUAGGAGAAUUCUAACACUAACAGUUCCCCCCCAAAUAAUUCCCCCCCAUAUAAUGUAAGGCACCCUAGCACUUAGCUCAGAACUGAAAACUGUCUUCCUUGUGUUAAAAGCUAGUUAGCUGCUGCCAUUCGAAGCAACAGUCACAGACUUUUCCAUGGGUGAGUGCCUUACUAUGAUGCUGCAAAAUUUCAAUGUUUUUAAUCUUGUAAGGAAAAUAGUAACCUUGUCUUGAUGGUGGUCCAUAUUUCCAUCGGAAGGAGUUAAUUUUUAUGGUCCUAAGUUGCAGUUUGUGUUAGAUCACAACCUCACGGUGGUUGAACUCCAUUGAAAGAUGUGCACUUUCAUAUAGGACAAGUUUAAUGGCUGCUGACCCAUUUUUGUUUCCAAUGUACUACUUGUUAUUUAAAACUGUUUCUGACAAAUGGGGCCAUCUUCACCCCAUGAGGACAGAAAUUGCUAUCGAUUAUUUUUUUUCUGACUUUCUAUGAUGGACACCGGGAUUUUUUUACUAAACAUUAUUUUUAUAUGAUACUGAGUCUGUUGCCAAAAUACACAAGUCAUUAACAUUCUCAGAGUUUACAUCACUGCACUUCCUGAGGCUGUGCGCUCCCGCCAGAGAUCUCUAACGUUUCCUGUCCGAUGCGUGCGUUACAAACUGCAGUCCACGCAGCUUUGGGGUAUUCCUCAAUGCCCUCGUCUCCCAUGCGUCAUGUGCGUUCCUCACGUGUCCGUAUGGGCUGACCGCUUUCUGAACUACCACGUACCCCGACUUCAGCAUGUCCAAACUGUCAUAGAUUCUGCUGCUAGGUUUUGCUGCUCUUUUGUGUCAUGGUAUCACUGAUUUCAUGCACAGGGUUUUUAUUCUGAAAGCACACCAGAUUAUUCCUUAGUCAGACUUACGAAAUACUUGUUAUUGUCCUGGGAGAAACUCCUACUAAUUUUUGUUUGUAAUGGGGAAAAAGCCUUUUUUUUCCAACAGUAAAACAGUGACUGUUUUUUGGACUCAUUUUGCUGUACAGAAUGACCAUUCUGCACAGCAGGGCAGUAGUAGCAACUCCUUACCAAUAGCGUGUGGGCAGAUUAUCUGAUUUUUGUUGAUAUGAAAAUGUGCACAAAGCUUCCUUCGAGAGAAAGAGUUACGUGUACACUGCUACUGAGCUCUUAAGGGGAAGAGCUCUGUUAUCAAUUUACUGCCAAAAGUGAACGCAUUUUCAAAGCCUAUCACAAGCACUGCCCUUUGUCAGCAUGCAUUGAUAAAGCACGCCUUUUUAUUUUGUCCUUUCUGAUGUUUAAACUUGCCUUGCUAGUAGUUCAUAAAAGCAUUAGUCAUGUUGACCCAUUGCUCUGUCCUAAUACCAAGAAUUCAGUGUACUGGUUUUCUUUUGGGGCAACACGUUUGUGAAAAAUGAAGACAUCAAUAUGCUAUGCAAACUAAGUGCUGAGCCCACUGAUGUCACGUUUUGUGAAGAUCCUACAUUUAGCACAGUUGUAUUUUUCUCAAGACUACAGUAUUUGGCUCAUGUUCUCCUUUGCACCUUGUGUCAAACUCCACUGCUGUAUACCUACAAGGUGAUGGGGAGAAAGCCAAGAACCAUUCAUGGUCAGUAGGGUAGUGAGCUCUUAAGGGGGCUUUUAGAGAGUAGGGAAUGCGUGAACACUAAGUGUCAACAUGAGACGCCUACAUUCCUAUACACAAGUGCCUGCAUAGUGACACAAAUUCAGCACCUCUCCCAUUUCAUCCUCAGAACUCUGGCUUGUGUUCAUUGAAAGCGAAAUGAUCUCAGAGGGGCUAUACCCACCCACCUUGUAUUAGGAAGCCCCUCACUGAGAAUAAAACUGGGGGGUUAUGGUCAAGGUUCUCUCUGCAAAUCAGUUUGUUCACCAGCAUUAUGACCGAAAGCACCUUGCUGCUCUUUGGCAGCUAAGGGCAAAGGUAUUUUGAUUUCUACUUUUUAUUUUAACGUUUUAGUUGGGUCUAGAAUUCUGAAAUGUCUUUUAGUAGCUGUGGCAUAGCACAUGCCAUUUUUAGCCAUUUGAAAAGAGAUAGCGUGGGCAUUUACAGAAACAGCUUGUUGCUCUGUAACAAUUUUUUUUUUAACCUUGAGACUUGAAAUGUAAAAUGGACCUUUAAGAUUUGCACUCAUUUGUAAGGUGGCUGUUCAUAGAAAACUAUGAAUGAAGACUUGCUGAUGUAGCACCUACUUUUAACAGCAAUUUUAACUACACAAAAGCUUCAUGGCUUCUGAAACUCUCAGCUGUUGACUUGCAGAUCGUGUUCUGCCCUUACUUCACCCUCUGCAUUGGGUUUUUCAUGGUUUUAAAGAAAUAAAUAAGCCAAACUCAGCUGCUGUGCCCUUUAAACCAUAUUUCCAUUUUGAAGAGGUUUUAGAAAGGGUUCGAGUUACCCGCAUGUUUUGUAUAAUGGACUAUGCACUGUACCUUCCACACGGCUCCAGCAUUCAGUAUUUCUACCCUUUUCUUGUCCAAGAUGCAAAUGAGUAAUUGCAUGUUGAGGUGCUGUGCGUUUUGCUACCCAUAGCAGAUAGGUGUUAACCUGUAUACAUAUCACGAUUUGUAAUUAGCCACAAACCCCACACAGUCAUCCUGAAUGGCUCCCAAGUCUCUACCUUCUAAAUGCGCACGUGUCCGUUGUGCAACUGGAAAAACUGCCGAGUGCAUGCAGAUUUGUGGGAAGAGGAAUAACUUUCAUUUAUCUGUCAAUUGUUGAAUGCUGUUUGUUUCCCUUAUCUCAUAUCUGAACAUAACAGGGUGCAUGAGGGCAGAACAGCCCUCAGGAGAGCUUAGUGGGAAGGCAGUCGGAGUGUUCUGGUAUUUGCAAGCGUAUGACCUGAUGUCUAGGAUCGAAAAGCCCAAGCAUUCAGCGUUGCCUCAUGGAAGGUUUUCUUCUUGGAAAAUUAGCGUGAAAUAAAAGAAUGUGAUUCUUUCAGGAAGGGAAGCCAGACUGCAGGACAGCAAUAAACAAGUGAAAUUCAUAUCUUGCCUGAGUGAUUUGCACUUCAAUAGUUGUGAAAGAAAACUGAUGGGGAUUCCAGUGCUUUUGUGUUCGAUUUCUAGCCCCUUUCGUACCUCCUUUAUACAAGCAAGUGUUGAACUGUACAUAGAGUGUUUACAAGACACUCUGUUUGGGUUGUUAUUUUUCUUGUGUUUUUUUUUUUUUUUUGCUUUAGCUUGAACUCUGUAUGGUCCAUUUGUUAAAUAGACGUGAACAGUUGAUGUACAGUACUUACUAAACAAGCAGCAGCACAAAACUUAUUUUAUUAAGAAAAUAUGGCUUAUAUUUUAAAGGUUGAAUAUCAAUUUUUUUGUAUGCGUGGAAUUAAGACUGGUAAAGAGUAACAAAAUCCUUGGAUUAGGCCAAAAGAAAAUACUGUAAGAGCAUAACCACCUCUUUAUUAAAGAAAAUGGUAUGAUUAAAGAGCUCCAGAACAUUGUAUUUAUAUUUGAUUUGAUUGGCUUUGUGGAUUAUUUUUUUCUUUGCCUUGGUCCUGAUUUUUGCUUGCAACUUUGACUUUGCAGUCCGAAGUGUCUGUUACCCUGUAACUGUUGGCAGAAGACCUAAAUAAAAGCAAUGUGAAUA